UGUUAAGAAGGGCAAAAUCAAAAACAUGGACAAGUGUUGGAUGAGCUGAUGAGGUUGUGGCAAUUUUCUUCGUGAAUACUGUGAGAUUUUUCCAGCUCGCUGUGCUUCCGUACUAGAUGGUGAGGAUUUAAAGGGUCAGUGAAGUCACAGCAGACCAGCACUCAAACAUAUUUCUCUUUUAUUUUCUAUUUUUGAAUAAAAAUGUCAGUUUCAAGUGGGCGGUGGGAAAGGAACAAGCAAAGGAUUAAUUAUUUGAAUACAUUUUUGGCGUAACAUGGGUGUCUGACGCUGAGGCUGUGCGGUGGUGACCAAUGCACCCAUGCACUGGGUUUCACAGGUGCAGAUCGAAGUCCAUGCUCUGCUGCAGAUUGACUGGGUGGCCGCCAGCAACUCAAGUGACUUGCUCUUCUGUGCAUUGCAUCUACAUCUACUUGGGUUCCUCUCACAGGUAUUCCUGUCUUGCUCCAGGUCACGCUUCGUGGCGCGGCACUCACGGGGAGUCAGUGGCGUGGCCCCGUGUCCCUCCCUGACCCCUGGAGGAUUCCCUAAGGUCACAGUCACCGCCUCCGUCCCAUACUUGCCAUCUCUUCAGGGCUAAUGCAUAACAAUUGUCACAAUUUACAGCAGCCCUACGCUCUGAAGAGCUUCUGGAGGGGGUACUACUCAAGCGGACCGAGACAAGACAGGGACCUCCUCCCGUCGUCCCCUCUUAACGGGCCUCUUCUGAUAAGGAACAUUUGUGGAUAGGUGAGAAGGGCAGCGGGAGGGCGUAAAGGCAAAGACAAGUUUUUUUUUUCUCGUAGGAACCCAAAUCUUCUGGUCUGGCUGUGUUUCCGGAGGCAUUUCCAGAGGACCCAGAGAGGACCAACUUCCGGCUGCGACUUCCAUGUCUUCCGAGUUUGGAGACCUGCUGCUUCCGCCCGGAGUUGCUGUGGACUCCAGUUGCGAGCAGCCACUUCCGCCAGGAGUCCCUAGCGGCCAGGGCGUGGAAGCGGGUCCUGAAGCGGCUUCGUCCUACUGCCCGCCGCCUGCCCACGCGGGACCCGGAGCCCAGUGGCAGCGGCGGUCCCUGGGCCUGUGGAGAGGCAUUCUCUGUGGCCGAGUCCUGGGCCUGGGGGACCGGGCGGUGCGGGAGAGGCGCCUGGGCCUAGCCCAGCCCCAGCGCCUGUCUCCCUGCCGCCGGUGCCCGCGGCUGCAGGCCUCGCCGCGCCCGCCCAGCCUGGGGCGGGCCCAGCCUCACCGCCCGGCCCGCCCCGCCCCAGGGGCCAGCCCCGCGCCGGGUGUUUCCGCUCCUCUCCCUGCGGCGGGAUAACCGCCUCGCACCUCCCGAGCUCGGUUCCCUGGCUCCGGCCGCGGGGGGAGCAUGGAGUUUGCGGAGCUGAUUAAGACCCCGCGGGUGGACAAUGUGGUGCUGCACCGGCCUUUCUACCCGGCUGUCGAGGGCACCCUGUGUCUGACGGGCCACCACUUGAUCCUGUCCUCCCGGCAGGACAACACGGAGGAGCUGUGGCUCCUUCAUUCAAACAUCGACGCCAUCGACAAGCGAUUUGUGGGAUCACUGGGUACCAUCAUCAUAAAAUGUAAAGAUUUUCGAAUUAUUCAGUUGGAUAUUCCUGGAAUGGAGGAAUGCUUGAAUAUAGCCAGUUCCAUUGAGACCAGUGAAUGGAGGCUAAGCUAUGUCAAUAAGGAAUUUGCUGUCUGUCCCUCUUACCCGCCAAUUGUCACAGUGCCCAAAUCCAUCGAUGAUGAAGCUCUUCGGAAGGUAGCUACAUUUCGACAUGGAGGGCGCUUCCCAGUACUAAGCUAUUAUCACAAAAAAAAUGGGAUGGUAAUUAUGCGAAGUGGUCAGCCACUCACUGGCACAAAUGGGAGGAGGUGCAAGGAAGAUGAGAAGCUGAUAAAUGCUACCCUCAGGGCGGGAAAGCGUGGCUACAUCAUUGACACCCGAUCCCUGAACGUGGCUCAGCAAGCUAGAGCCAAAGGAGGUGGUUUCGAACAAGAAGCUCAUUAUCCCCAGUGGAGGCGAAUUCAUAAGUCCAUUGAGAGGUAUCACAUUCUUCAGGAGAGCUUAAUCAAACUUGUGGAAGCUUGUAAUGACCAAACACAUAACAUGGACCGAUGGCUCAGUAAAUUGGAGGCCUCUAACUGGCUGACUCACAUCAAAGAGAUUCUGACAGCUGCCUGCCUCGCGGCUCAGUGCAUCGACAGGGAAGGAGCAUCAAUACUGAUUCAUGGAACAGAAGGAACUGAUUCCACACUCCAGGUGACCUCCCUGGCCCAGAUCAUCUUGGAGCCAAGAAGCAGGACCAUUCGUGGUUUCGAGGCCCUGGUUGAAAGAGAGUGGCUACAGGCUGGUCACCCGUUCCAGCAGCGCUGUGCACAGUCAGCCUACUGUAACACCAAGCAGAAGUGGGAGGCUCCUGUGUUUCUUCUCUUCUUGGACUGCGUGUGGCAGAUCCUUCGUCAGUUUCCCUGUUCUUUUGAAUUUAAUGAGAAUUUCCUCAUCAUGCUCUUUGAGCAUGCUUAUGCUUCACAGUUUGGAACAUUUCUGGGCAACAACGAAAGUGAAAGGUGUAAGUUGAAGCUACAGCAGAAGACAAUGUCUUUGUGGUCCUGGGUCAAUCAGCCCGGUGAGCUGAGUAAAUUCACCAACCCCCUCUUUGAAGCCAACAACCUUGUCAUCUGGCCUUCAGUUGCUCCUCAGAGUCUUCCGCUGUGGGAAGGUAUUUUCCUACGUUGGAAUAGGUCCUCUAAGUAUUUGGAUGAAGCAUAUGAAGAAAUGGUUAACAUCAUUGAAUAUAAUAAGGAAUUACAAGCAAAAGUCAAUAUCCUUAGAAGGCAGUUGGCAGAACUGGAAACAGAGGACGGGAUGCAAGAGAGUCCCUGAAAGGUCUCCUCGCACCGUUUGCAAGGACCUUCCUGGGCCUGUGUCUACCGUUCUCUCCUUGUGCCCUUCAGUUCACUUUUACACAGUAGCCUUGAAGUGAAGGCUUUAGACGUGGGACCCCUCUAAUGUAAUGGAUUUCUCAAUACUGUAUGAAUAAUGAAAGUUACUAUCUUAACUCACGUUUCAUGUGGCCUGUUAGGCCCUGUCACUUUGGGAGCCGGGAGGAGGUGCUAGUCAUUUUAUUUUUAUGUGAAAUAGAUGACCUAUUUAAUGCCGUUUGUGUUUCAUGCCAUUUUAUCCAAAGCUUUUUCUCUGUGUCCACUCUCCAAACAGCAUUCCAGAGCAGUCAAGGAGACAGGUAAUCUCUCUAGGGACUAAGGAGACAGGUAAUCUCUCUAGGGACUAAGGAGACAGGUAGUCUCUCUAGGGACUAAGGAGACAGGUAAUCUCUCUAGGGACUAUUUGGUGGUUUAAAAAAAAGGUCAGACUUUUAAACACUCUUACCAUAGAAAUGUUUUUCAAAAUGGCAGCAAUUGAUAAACCAAGGGUUUUGUGUUGAACAAGCCAUUUCCAGUGUCUUUCACAUAAAAUAGCCAUUUGCUUUAAAAUAGUUUUGGACUAACGAAGCUGAAUCUAUCCUCGUUCUUGUUUGUCAAGAAAGGAAAAUCUGUUAUUCAAGGUAAAUUAUUUCUACAAGGGCAACAGGUAUGGUCCUCUGAUAUUUACAUCAAGAAGAGUUAAAUUUAUUUUAACGUAGACACUAAAAGUAUGUGCAAUAUAGAAUUAAAGAAGGAAUUUGUUACUGAUUGAGAAUUGUUACUGUUGAAUUGAUUUUCAGGUUUGGACCAUACAUAUACAAUGUGUAUCAAAUGCUGGUUGUAAAAUUAAACCAUUAUCUAGAAUACAGUUAAAUUGUUAUAAUCAAGGUACAAAUACGGUUUUCUUAAACCAGAGAUGCACCGCCCUUGUCUAAAGUUCUUAUUGCACUGGUUUGUAUGCGUAUGUGCGUUUUAUUGUGUGUGGUUUUUUUUAAUUUGUAAGUAUUCUAAGAGUUUACUAAUACCAAGGUGAAAAUUUUCAUGUUGACCUGAGCCUUUUGCAAAUUUAUUUUGGCUCUAUUGAUUUGUCCAUUAUGCGUUAGGCAAAUCCAACUUAAGUGGAGGGGGAAGUUUAUGAAUGUAAUAUAGCUCUGUGUUUGAAGCCUCAGAAACAUAUUUGAGUGUUUCAGUGUUGUAGAAACAGUGAUGGCCACAUUCACGCUAUGCCUGCAACUCCACGUGUUUGUGGUUCAGUAUUUCCCACCUACACUUCUGUUUGGUGACAUUGUUCAUUUUAACAAAUACGACCAAUUCUAGUUUUUCUUUAAAAGGAUAGUUUAUGAGUAAUCUUUAAAACCAUUUCCAUACCAUCUGUAUGUAACCAUUUAGAAGAGAACACACUACACUGAACUCUGCUUUAGGGCUGUGUGUUGAGCUAAAAAUAUUGUUUUUUAAAAAUCGACUGGCAAAAUCUAUGGCCACACUGAGAAGCCUUUGAAAAUGGCAAAUACUUUUCAUCACCAGUUGCCCAAGUUUCAUCUUUCUUCUGCUUCCUCAGCCUUGUAGCAAAGGCUACACAGCAGCCCACAGUCUCUUUGGGAAAAUUUGCCUGCCGCCUUCUUUAAGCUCGGUUUAUUUUUGAAUUACUUUCUUUGCUGUAGUUAUGAACCUUGGGGCUUUAAAAUCCCAUGGCAAGGAGCAUAAGAGAUGUUCUCAUAGCUCUGCAUUGUGUGGAAUGUCCAUCUUAGUUUUGUAAAAAAAAAAAAAAAGAAAGAAAAGAAAGAAAGAAACAGCCCUCACUCUUUUGUGGUCCCUCAAAAUUGCUUGAUAUGCCUGUUAAUACAGCUGACCUUUUUGUUUUCUUCUCUUUUUGUCUCAAGAUUGUAUAUGAAGGAACCUUUUCUUCUCAGCUAACAGGUGUAUAAGGAAAACCAUCUAGCGAGUUUUCUUUAGAAGUGACUCCCAUUAGCCUGGUGUGGUGGUGUGUGCCUAUAGUCCCAGCCACUAGGGAAGCUGAGGCAGAAGGAUCCCUUGAGCCUAGGAGGUUGAGGCUGAGUGAGCUAUGAUCGCAUCAGGCCACUCCAGCCUGAGCAACAGAGUGAGACCCUGUCUCUAAGUAAAGAAAAAGCCAGAAGUGACUCCCACUGCUUCUGUUGAUCAGCCAUAGGGCUUCCAUGGGUAGAAACUUGCGAGGGAGUUUGUAUUAGGCCUGGUAAUGGAGAGAUGAUGUGCCAUCAAGGUAGACCUGUCUUCCUGAUGCACAUUUGCUGUGCGAGCCAGAGUACAGUCAUAGCACGGUAUUCGCAUUUCGUUUGCAUUGUCUUACCGAGACAACAAUCUAUACUGUUUUGGCAAGUUUGCAUUUUAGUAUUAAUUUACAAUUAGGAAUUGUCCAAACUUCACAUCUGUUUACAGGUUGUAAAAAUCAACUUUGGUAUCAGUGUAUGUUCAAAAGUAUCAUUUGGUAAUCCAAAUAUUUGAGUUUUCCCAAAGUCAAAAGCUGUCAAAAAUAAAUCCAUUAUCAAUAUAAUUUGAAGAGGUUUUUAGUAGUACUGUUAAGUUCAUCCUUUCUUGGAUGAGAAGAAUAAAUGACAUGGAUACACUCCUGAGAAGACACUUGUUAAACGUUGCAUUGGAGAGUUGCCUUUGAUAAAUGUGGCAUUAAACACUUGAAUGAAGAGAACGGUGGCAGAAUGAGUGAGCAAGCGGAUUGCCCCGGAGGAGCCAGUAAUAAUCACGUGAGAGAUCAUCAGAUUCCUGCGUAUUCAGCAUCUCCUCUAUUCAUGUGGAGUGAAAGCUGGUUUUUAUAUGGGAGAUACAUAAAGUAGGCCCCGCAAAGAAUAUUUUUAAAAUACAAAGGAUCAUCAUAAUCCUCUUAUCGAACAUGUAAGGAUCCUCAGAUUUAAAUAAGUACUUUUCUUUUUAAUCAGAAGAACAUUGUUGGUUGAUUAUAUAUUUUUAAAAACCUGAAACUUUUUUGGUGGCAGGACCUUUCAAUAUAUAUUUGUUUGGUCAAAAUUUUUUAUUUUGAUUUUAUUAAAUGGGAAGAAAGCAAGCAGAAAUAGUAAAAUUCAGUAGGUUUAAAACUCUAUAAAUGUAUUUUAUUUCCAAGAAAACUUAGGGUCUCAAAGCAAGAUUUUAAAGUGAUUUUUGAGAAGACUUGAGGGGACAAUAAUAGACAUUCAUGUCAAAUCCCAUAUGGGGGAUUUUUAAACAUUUCUUUGAACUUUGAGACCUGACUUAGAGAUGGGGUUUUAUUGCUUUUUGUUUUAAAGGAUGAAAUUUCGUGGCAUUUUAUUCUUUGAAUCAGUCAGUAUUUGGUUUAUGUUAAAUAAAAAAUCAGUAUCAUGGAAAAGAUUUGACCAUAAUUUAGUCUCCUCAAGUGAAAAACAGGAGCAACGUUUAGUUGCACUCUGAAAAAUCUGCUUAAAGACAUAACUCUUGUAGUUGUCUGGUUUCAGGAAUAGCUGUUUGAAUUGUCAGUCUAAAGUAGGUCAUCAGGUUCACUUAUUAUCAGACCUUAAUCUGGGAUAAAGGUUUUGGUAUUUGCCCACUUCUACAUAGAAUGAAUGAAAGCGACACAAGCGUUUUAUGAGCACUCUUUGUCAGAAGGGUAUUUCCUGGACCAAAAAUGGGCGAUAGUUACGAUAGCUGAUCCUCUGUUCUGGAGGCUUUGACAUUUAUCAGAGAAUGAAGUCAUUCAGUACAUGUGAUAAAGUGUUGUUGUUGUUGUUGUUGUUGUUUUAAUUGAGCAACCUUCAGAACUGAAGAGGUUCAGAGAAGUUUCCAGGUUUAUACUAUACCUCAAGACUACAUAGAUUAGCUGCUGCUUAUUCUUUCACAUGGGCUAGGCCUGUUCUCCUCCAGACCUAGUAUUCUAAGUUAUUACCAUAUAGUAUUUUUAUGUUACCCAUCAUCUUAAAGAACAUUAUAAGACUCAUUUCUCCAUUUACAUUUAUUCUUAGAUGAUAAAAUAUAUAUUGAUACUAUAACUUUCUUAUAGUAUCAGUUUUCUUUAUUUUCUUGAAUAAAAUUGCUUCUACCUUUGCUUGGUCUUUAUAAUCCACUGUCCACAGCAUCUUCCUUUAAACCAGUAGUCCCAGAAGAGACCCUCUGAAAUUCUAGGACUGGGUAUUAGAAUGUCUGAACUUGUUAUCUAAAUCCUUUUUAAGAAACUUAAUGUCCUAGCUCUUGAACUACACUGUGGAACAGUAGUUUGUGCCCAAUGUAGUGGAAGAUAUUGAGGCUCACUGUAAACACUACAUUGUCCUGCAGAGUAAUUCUGAUGAGGAUUUACUGACUUCUAGAGCCAUUCUCUUUAACUGUCUGCAGGUCUAAGGAUUAACUAUAUUUGUGAUUUGUAAUAAAACUGAGUUGUACAGCACUGCCUGUGUAUGUCUGGCCAACACAUUUACAAUGCACGUUAUCUUCGGAGAGGUGAAUUAUUCUACAAAAUACACCCUAAAUCUCAUUGUUUAAAACCUUAUUGAUCUAAUACCAUCUACACAAAAACAUGUUGUACUUGCAGAACUUAGUUUAUAAAAACAAAGAAUGUGUAUUUCUUCAAUAGCCGGGUAUUUGGGUUGUUCUCUUGAUAUAUUUGAAUGUGACUCUUGGAUUUAAGUGCACUAUUAUUCAUGGCUUACACAGUAAAAUUGCACUGUAUGGCAAAUGUGUCUAUAAAAUGUAUGCCUUGCUAAAACCUCAAGAGUGCUGUAAGGUAUAGGUUUCUAUAUUGUGAACCUGUCUACACACACACAUAUAUACAUAUAGUCUUAGGGGGGGAAAAAAAAGCUGAACUUUUGUACGUCUGUGUAACAUUUUAAUAUUGUUUGUAAUAUUCAGUAAGUGAUAAUUUCACCUAUACCCUAUAACUGUUAUCAUUCACCUUGGGUUGGCCAGUUUGUCAAGCUUGGUUUACUGAAUCAAGAAACAGUCUUGUCAAAUGCGGUACUGUUCUUAGUGUGUGAUAUUUGUGUAUGGUGUUCCUCUGCCUCAGAGGACAAUUGCACAGAUGGCUAAUGUUAAAUUUCUAUAGACAAUAGUAAUAAAAUUUGAAUAUAUUUAAGUGCUAAUAAAUUAAA